AUGCCUUAUCCUCUCCUUAUUGUUGGGGCUGCGUCACCUCGGCUGGUUUUAACAUAUCUGGCUCCUGGACUUCCAAGGAGUUUUCCGAUGUCUAUCCUCGGUGGGACUGUUGGAGUGUGUGCGCGCUGCCCACCACAUUUCUGGUUUGGUUACUUGGUGAUCUUCCUUGGUGGUGUUGCCGGCUUGCUAUGGUGGCACGGAAUUGUGACUGUGAGGACUGUGCCGCAUUACUGUCUGUCUAAUUGCCGGUUAGGGUUUUCUAAUGUUGUGUGCUGCUUUGUGGGCUUUGCUUUUGAGGGUUUCUCUGCGUUAGUGUGGGCGCCGUCGUCUCAAUGGGGGCUUAAUGCCUUUAGUAAUAGGGCUUUUAGACCUUCUAUUUAA